AUGACGACGAAAAGUACGACCGACUUCGUCGAAUCAACUGACCCAGCCGGAGGGAAGUCCAAGGCCCAGAUCCUCACCGACGUCUUCUCUCUCGCGACCCAAUUCAGCACCUGUGUUGAGGCUUUCAACCUCAUCCAUCCCUCAAAAGAUCAGGACCAUGCGCAAAAGGUUGUGCUUGCGAAACUUGGCCUACAGCAGGGCAGGUUGCUGAUCUUUGGCGAUGCCGUGGGUAUAACUGCGCCACCUGCGACAAUUGCACGACACAUGAUACCCAGCCAUCCUGGCAUCACAAAUCCAGAUCCACAUGUGCCUGUACACUUUGGCGUCAGAGAUUCGAGGCUUGACGAGGAGGUCAUCAAUGCGAAAGUCCGCAGGGCGCUCCAUGAGAUUGCGGGACGCCCAAGUAGCAUGUCGCGAGACGAACUGAUGAAUGUUUACGGCUUGAAGAGUCCAAAGACUUUCUCGCGCCUCGAAUAUCCAGCACUAGACACGAACCGAUUAGAAGGCUUCCGCGAGAAGUACACCCUGCUGAAGGAUCUCCUAAAUCAGACAGGUGCGCGAGCCAGUCUAAAGCGCAACCUCAGCAUGACGACCUCCCAUUGGACGGUCAAGGACACCACACGCUUCAGCGAGUACGUCAAAGUUGUACGCACCGAAGUCGAUGCUCUCAUCGAUCUCAUGGGCGUGAAAGAGCAGGUUGACCGUGGAAUUCGUUCCGAUCUCAAGAGCAUGGGGUGGCACCCAGACCUGACAGGUCCAGCAGUGCGACAGGAUUGGGAGAAACUGCGUUUGAUUCGCGAAGCCUGUGUAGUCGACUAUCCAGAGUACAUUGAAGUCAUCGACAAAGCCAUGCAGUACAUCAGCGAAGAAGUCAAAGAAUCAAAUCUUGCUCGAAAUCGCGCUGUGUUAGGCCUCUCAGAACCUAACAUGGACGCAGCAGGUGCGCGCCGGAAGUCAGACUACGACAUCCGCUCAGCGCCUGCGCCUGCGCCCGUGCCUACACCCACCGCCGGAUCCAAACCUUCCAAACCGGAAGCAAAAUCUCAUAUCCAACUUGCCGCUGAACGCGCCCUAAAUCCAAAUGCAGGCAAAGAAAAGCGCCCAGGCUGGCUCUCGGCCUUCAAAUUCAAGUCCUGGUCCAAGAGCAGCAAAACUGCACAUGAGAAGCAGCGCUCAAACAGUGUUCCACACACACCAACUGUAGACCCCCAACGCUCCCUCUCCGCAGGCGAAGCACCAAACCAAACCUCAGAAGAUUCCAACACUCUCCAGGCCGUGCGGUCCAAGUCGCUCAGCGCAAUACCCAGCGAUAGCACGCCACAGCCCCCACCAUCAAAUCUCGACUCUCGCGUCCGCAAGCUCAGCCUUGACCACGGAGACAUGGCGAAUAUUCCUCCCAUCCAAGAAAACGGUGGUGAAGUAACUAGUUUCCCUGAAAGAAAUGGACUGCCCGAUUUCGAUGCCGAUAUGGAUAAGAACGCACUAGUGCAGGUUGAUACAGCGAAGAGCGAGGGAAGCAAAGAUGGGUUGGAGAAUAUCAAGACGGCAAAUAGUUAUAUCGAUCGGCAUGAUAUGUAUCCUGCUGUGGGACGAAUUGAGACAAAGGACAUCAGGAACUUUGCGCAUGCGCCGGGAUUAUAA